CUCCUCGCCCAGCACACAAUACCUACACCUAGGGGUGGUAAUGGAUCAUGGCCCUAAUACUUGCUUCACAUACUAAUAAGACCCUUAAUUUUGUUAGUUCAAAAUUGUAUUGUUUUAUGAUCCGACCCUAACUUAAUUCGAUCCUUAAAUUUGCUAGACUAAAUUAAAUAGCCCAUUACCACCCCUACCCACACCGCAGUACCGCACCGUCUCCUCUAGUCCUCUCGAGCUCCCCAGCCUCUCCCUCACUCUCUCUGUCCUUUGCCCUCUCCAGAUAACCCUCACGCUUCACAAGGAGAGAGAAAGGCGUAGCACACAGCCACACAGCACGUAGCAGCUGAUCCGCCCGGCCGGGAGCGCAGGCAAAGGAUGGAGCAAUACGACGGACUCUUUCCUUCCGCCUACGCGGACUCCUCCUCAUCCCUCCUGAUGCCCAACGGCAGCAAGGCGCAGGGGGAGAGGCCGAGAGCGCGGCGCAGGAGGCGUCGAGCAGCGUGGUGCGGCGGCGGCGAGCUGGACGGGGGAGGGGACCCCAAGAAGCGGCGGCUGAGCGACGAGCAGGCAGAGAUGCUGGAGCUGAGCUUCCGGGAGGAGCGGAAGCUGGAGACGGGCCGGAAGGUGCACCUGGCCGCCGAGCUCGGGCUCGACCCCAAGCAGGUCGCCGUCUGGUUCCAGAACCGCCGCGCCCGCCACAAGAGCAAGCUGCUCGAGGAGGAGUUCGCCAAGCUCAAGCAGGCACACGACGCCACCAUCCUCCACAAAUGCCACCUUGAGAACGAGUUGAUGAGGGUGAAGGACAGACUGGUGCUCGCCGAGGAGGAGCUGGCGCGCUUCCGAUCCGUGGGGAGCCACGCCAUCUCCGGCGAUGGCGGAGACGCCAUGAUGGGUCGUGCCGUCUGCAGCGGGAGCCCGAGCUCAUCGUUCUCGACAGGCACCUGCCAGCAGCCGGGGGACGACGACCUGCUCUACUUUCCUGACUAUGCCUACGCUGACAACAGCGUGGUCGACGAGUGGUUUCGCAUGUAUGGACUGAUGUAAGCCAAGUGAUCAGUGAUGAUGGAUGGUAUGCCAUUGAUGUUCUAUUUGUGCUGAACUGCUUAUUAAUCAUAUGUACAUAAAUCAAGUUAUUAGUGGUAAAAUAUAGCCAGCUAGCAGCAAUUAGUACUUGAAUUCAGAUGUGUGCUAGUACUACUGCGUGCUACCCACAUUGG